AUGGCCUCGCUGCGAUUGCCCGGUAAACCGCUCGCCGAUAUCGCCGGUCGGCCGAUGAUCGUGCACGUGCUGGAGCGUGCCGAAGCUGCGGCGAUCGGCCCCGUGGUCGUCGCCUGCGCCGAGCCUGCGAUCGCCGAUGCAGUCGAGAGCGCCGGCGGGCGCGCGGUGCUCACGCGCCCCGAUCACGCCUCGGGCUCCGACCGGAUUUUUGAGGCCUUGCAGGCGAUCGAUCCGGCGGGCGAGCACGACGCCGUCGUCAACCUGCAGGGCGACCUGCCCACCCUCGCCCCGGCGUUGCCGGCCCGAGCGCUCGCACUGUUGGCGGACCCCGCCGUUGAUGUCGGCACGCUCGCAGCCGAGAUCGCCGAUCCGGCGGAGCGGUCGGACCCGAACGUGGUCAAGGCCGUUGUCUCGUGCCAACCGGGCAGCACCCAGGGCCGCGCGCUCUAUUUCACCCGCGCGACCGCGCCCUCGGGCGAAGGCCCGCUCUGGCACCAUAUCGGCCUCUACGCCUAUAGACGCGAGGCGCUCGCCCGCUUCGUCACGCUUCCGCCCAGCCCGCUGGAGCGGCGCGAGCGGCUGGAGCAGCUUCGCGUGCUUGAAGACGGGAUGCGUAUAGAGGUCGCCUUCGUCGACACGGUCCCGCUCGGCGUCGAUACGCCGGCACAGCUCGCGCGGGCGCGGGCGCUGAUCGCGGGCAAAUUGGAGUGA